CACCCACAAAAGACCAAUGGCGACCACAAAGAACUUAAAUCCCAGUUUCAUCCUCUCUGUCUCUUGCGUGCUCGUCUCGCCGUUCUCCUCCUCCACUACCGCCGUAUUCUUCGUCUCUACCAUCGUAAGUCUUCUUUUCGAUGCUUUAGAAGCUAGUCCUCUUCAUCUCGUUUCGUCUCCUUUACAUCGCCGCUCGAAACAGCCGACACAAAAAGACAUUGUGCUAAAUUUAUGCUUAAUUCAUGAUCGGUUCUGUGGUUUCUCUCAUGUUUUUUUUAUCUAGACCUGACAUAUCUGGUGAUACGAAGCCAUGACAGUUUCAGAAGCUUAUCGUCCGCCUCUAUUCAGUAUAGCCCCGAUGAUGGGAUGGACAGACAAUCAUUACAGAACCCUUGCACGGCUUAUAACAAAACACGCAUGGCUCUACACAGAAAUGUUAGCAGCUGAAACCAUUGUCUAUCAAGAAGAAAACCUGGACAGCUUUUUGGCUUAUUCUCCGGACCAGCAUCCCAUUGUUCUUCAAAUUGGUGGAAGAAACUUGGAAAAUUUGGCAAAAGCAACACGGCUUGCUAAUGCAUACGGCUAUGAUGAAAUUAAUUUCAACUGUGGAUGUCCAAGCCCAAAAGUAAGUGGACGAGGUUGUUUUGGUGCUCGUCAUAUGCUUAACCCGAAGUUUGUUGGCGAGGCUAUGUCUGUCAUUGCUGCCAAUACCAAGGCAGCUGUCACUGUUAAAUGUCGAAUAGGUGUUGAUGAUCAUGAUUCGUAUAAUGAGCUUUGUGAUUUCAUUCAUAUAGUUUCUUCAUUAUCUCCUACUAAGCAUUUCAUCAUACAUUCGCGGAAGGCGUUGCUGUCUGGACUUAGCCCAUCAGAUAACCGUCGAAUUCCACCCUUAAAAUACGAGUUUUUCUUUGCCCUUUUGCGUGAUUUCCCGGACUUGAAGUUCACAAUUAAUGGAGGCAUAAACUCUGUGGUUGAGGCUGAUGCCGCAUUAAGGUCUGGAGCUCAUGGCGUUAUGCUUGGGCGUGCUGUAUACUACAAUCCCUGGCACACUUUGGGACACGUCGAUACCGUAAUUUAUGGAUCUCCAAGCAGUGGAAUUACAAGGCGACAGGUUCUUGAAAAAUAUCAAGUCUAUGGAGAGUCGGUCCUCGGGAAAUAUGGAAAAGGCCGACCAAAUCUUCGAGAUAUAGUGAGGCCAUUGAUCAAUCUAUUCCACUCGGAGUCUGGAAAUGGCCAGUGGAAACGUAGAACUGAUGCUGCUCUCCUGCAUUGCACCACCUUAAAAUCAUUCUUGGACGAAGUGUUACCAGCAAUACCCGACUUUGUGCUCGAUUCAUCUGCUGUCAAAGAAGCGACUGGGCGUGAAGAUCUCUUUGCGGAUGUACGACGUUUGUUGCCUCCUCCUUAUGCAAAAGAAUCAUCCGAAGCAUUGGAAAUGCUACCAACGAGACCUGUGAUUCUUGAUGAGGAGGAGGAAUGACAAAUCUAUAUUUCGUAGCCGUAACGGGAACUAGGUACUAGCUGAAACAUCGAGGAUCAAGAUUCUACUUUGUGGAGCUAUAAAGAUGUGAUAUUGUUCUGACCACUUGAUUUUAAAGAAGGAAAAGGAAAAAACGUAGAGAAAGCAAAACAAAAAAACAAAAGAUAUAUGUUCGGAUCCAAAGUAGUGUUCAAUGUCUUUUUGCAAGGAUACUUUUUCGGUUGAUUCUUUCUGUAUUUUUCACACUGAGGAGAACAUUCUCCAUUCUUAUAUACAAGACACUCGGAAAAAGCUUAGUCUGCAACACAUUUCUCAGACAGAACUCA